GUUUCAGAGGUUAAAUAAAAAUUAAUGCAUCGACAACGUCUUCAUAUAACGUUUACAUUGGUAAAACGAUUCAAAUCAACGAAAGAAAAUACGGAUGUUACAUAUUAUGUACCUCCUAAAACAUUCCGUCCUGCGUAUUAUCAUCCGUUGAAACCAUUUGAACAUAAACCAAUGGAUCCAUUUCCACCAUUUCCCAAUGAAGGUGAUUCGAGUGGCAUGGGGCCACGUUUAUACGAUUAUCAGGUUAUGAGCGAACUUGUACGUAGUUUACCCAGUGCUUCGGAACGAAUUGAUUUUGUCAACCCAUAUGAACGUGAAUUUACCCAACGUGAGAAACGUUUCCAUCGACCAUGGCAAGCGCAACUACUGAAAACGCGGAAAGCAUGGAGGAUACAGUCAUUCCCGAAUUAUUUUGAUCCAUUAAAUUUUUAUCAGUAUAUCACAAAAACAAGAUGUAUAGAAGGAUUAAGCAAGUGGUAUGAUGAGCCUGCUCCAGUGCUUACAAAAGAUUUCGAGGAUCGUUUAAGCGAAAUGUUAAAACUGCAUUUGGAAUCGUCGAAUGUUGAUAGUGAGCAAGAUAGAACUACGAGAAUUUUGCGAAGUUUCCUCGACUUGUUGCUUGAAAAUGUGAUUCAGAGCGGUAUGUAUGCUUGUUUAGCACAUCAAAGGAUAUCCCAUACGCCACGGUGUGAAUCAUUCUGGAUUCGUUCUGGAUUUGAUGCUCUUUACGAAAAUUUGGUUAGAUAUAGGCAUCGAGGUGAUAGCAGAGCAAAGCUUGGUGAACUUGCUUUCGUCAUGAGAGAUGCAUUUGCAGCACAAUUACGGACAAAACAUCCAUUAAAACCUUUAAUGUCACUUUGGGAUGAGGAAGUUACGAAGCCAUUGUUCGAUCCUUCCUUUAAUGUUAAAGAUGAAUUAAUAUAUUCACCCGCCAUGUUUGGGAUGAUGGCUGAUGCAGAUCCACUGUGGCAGUGUCCAGGAUAUGAACCGGACUGUGGUGAAGAAUAUAAAUAUGGUCAAAUAGGAUUUAAACAAUUUAAUGAUUUGGAUAUGCAUUGUAAAAAGUGGAAAGUGAAGGGUGAGGAAGAGAAAAUAGUUCGCAAUGAAUGCCUUCGAGCUUCCGCUGUUGUGUCGCUCUUUUCUUGGUUAAAUGCUCAGGCUCAUACGUUGGGUUUCACACAAUACAACGAUAUCGAAUAUCCGCUUGUAUCACAGUUAGUAAUGUCGGAUGGAAAGCAGUUUUUCUUUGCCAUAGCUCAACUGAACACUUUACUUAUUAACGUGGACAUUGAGGGAAUUAUAAAUAAACGUUCGAAUUUGUGCUACGUGGAAGGACCAUUAAAUCUAUAUAACCGAUAUGAUCACGAUAAAGGUACAUUUGAAUUUGGUGAAACGGAUACGAAAGUAAACAAUUUUAAUCCACACGUGCUCGGUCGAUUGAUGCAAAUGCUUGUGAGAGAUUUGCCUGCAAGGAGAGAGAUGAUAGAUAAUUCGGUGGUGUCAAAGUAUAUUCCUGUAACGUUUGAUGGUGUUCCAUAAUAUGUUGUUAAUUUGUGCUGGAACAAUUAAUUAAAUAAAGUAUCGAAG